UGUUUAAGUCCCACAAUAAAACCAUUUUCGGUUAAGUGUCGUCACUCACACCUGUCAGCCAAUCAGAGUCAGCACGAGGUCUUCUUAAAAGCGCCAGCAGGCCGUCAGGAGGCUUCUUCAUUGCUGCAGCUCUCAGUCAGGACCAAACACCUCACCAUGACCAGGAAAAUACAAAAUCCAGUUGUGGAUGAUACCAAGAGCAGAAAAAGGAUUCUGAAACCAGCUGUGGAAAAGAAGAGAAGAGAUCGAAUAAAUAAAAGUCUUGCGGAACUGAGAACUAUGUUGUUGAAUUAUACAGCGGAUCCACGGCUGCAGAAUCCUAAACUAGAGAAAGCAGAGAUUCUGGACUUGGUUGUGGAGUAUCUUCAGAAGUGGACAGAUGGGAAGAACUUGAGCAAUGAUGCAACUUAUGGUCAGAUGAAGACUCCUGUGGUGAGCCUUCAUCACUCAGAGUCCAGGGCUCCUUCUCACCUCACCAUUGAGAGUGCAGGUUUUCAGCAGUGUGUGGCUCAACUGGCCAGCUACAUGCACAAGAUAACCCCGGCACAGAGGACGAACCUGAUUGAGAGACUGAAAGAUCACACAGAGAACCAGCAGCCAAACAUCACAAGCCCAGGACAGGACUCUUCAUCCUCUGUUACACAAUCAAGCCAGAGAAUGACUGAAAUGCCAGAUGCAGCAUCAGCAGUUGUCAUCCACACAUCUGAAAGUAAAGUAAAGUCCCGCAGGUCACUGUUCCUGUCCCACUCCCCGCCUCAGCCUCAGUCUUGCUCCACACCAUGCCACGACACCCUCUCCCCUCCCACCUCUCCCUGGUUUUCCCCCUCUUUCUCCACAUAUGCCGCCUCUCCUCCUUUCCCAUCAUUUGCCUGUCACUUCUCCUUCCCCCCCUGCCUGUCACCUCCGUCUUCCAACACCUCUUUCUCCACACUUCCACAGACCCUACACACCCUGCCCGCUCCUGUUGUUUUCUCGCCCACAGUCGCCCACUUCCCCCCACUCACCACACUGAGAUCCCCCCCACACCCUGCACAGAGGGAGGGGUCAUCAGUUCCUUCACUCAUGUGGAGACCUUGGUUUUGAAGAUGAAGCAGAGACUGACAAUCCAAGAAGUGUAGUGCCCUCUAGUGGGAACUAACUGUAACGACAGGGUAAAAGGAUGGAUCCCUUUCCAUGC